ACCACCACACAAGAGAUAGUUAUCGCCACAAAACGUCAAGCGUAUCUAGUUAAAUUUUUUUUUUUGUUAAUAGUGAGCGUGCGUGCGAGUGUUUCGUUUGAAAACAAAAGAUUCCAUGAAAUUGUAGCAUUUAAUUAGUCUUGGGCAGAGCCAGCGUACGAAAAAGUAUUUGGUUUUAUUUUCGUUCUCCUCCGCCCCCGCCCCCGCUCGUUUGGCGAAGGGCCGUUGUUAAGUGACGCUCCUUCUCCCCGCCCGCUUCGCCUCACCGCCUCGUUUGUGCUGCUCGCUUUAAGAUCCCCCCACCACACAGCUCCUCCACUCCCCCCCACACACAACACAUUGUCACAAUGGUCGACUACAGCGAUUUGGAUCGUCAAAUUGAGCAGCUGAAACGCUGUGAAAUCAUCAAAGAGAACGAGGUGAAAGCCUUGUGUGCCAAAGCACGCGAAAUCCUUGUCGAGGAGGGGAAUGUGCAACGUGUGGACUCACCGGUCACCGUAUGCGGCGACAUCCAUGGACAGUUCUAUGACCUCAAGGAGCUGUUCAAAGUGGGCGGCGAUGUGCCGGAAAAGAAUUAUCUAUUUAUGGGCGAUUUUGUGGAUCGUGGCUAUUACAGCGUUGAGACAUUCCUGCUGCUGUUGGCGCUGAAAGUUCGCUAUCCGGAUCGCAUCACAUUGAUACGCGGCAAUCAUGAAUCUCGCCAGAUCACCCAGGUCUAUGGCUUCUACGAUGAGUGCCUGCGCAAAUAUGGCUCGACAGCUGUGUGGCGCUAUUGCACCGAAAUCUUUGACUACCUCAGCCUAUCGGCCAUCAUUGAUGGCAAGAUAUUCUGUGUGCAUGGCGGCCUAUCGCCCUCAAUACAGUAUUUGGAUCAGAUACGGAGCAUCGAUCGCAAACAGGAGGUGCCACACGAUGGACCCAUGUGUGAUCUGCUGUGGAGUGAUCCCGAGGAUCAGACUGGUUGGGGCGUCUCGCCACGCGGAGCUGGCUAUUUGUUUGGCUCCGAUGUGGUGUCGCAAUUCAAUCGCACCAAUGAUAUCGAUAUGAUAUGUCGUGCCCAUCAACUCGUUAUGGAGGGCUUUAAGUGGCACUUUAAUGAGACCGUUCUAACGGUGUGGUCAGCGCCCAAUUAUUGCUAUCGCUGCGGCAAUGUGGCAGCUAUCUUGGAACUGAACGAGUACCUGCAUCGCGAUUUUGUCAUUUUUGAGGCCGCACCACAGGAAAGUCGCGGCAUACCAUCGAAAAAGCCGCAGGCCGAUUAUUUUCUUUAAGACGCAAAAUGGGAAACCGAAAUGGGAAACAAAGCGCGGCUGCAAAUUGCACUAUGACUUCUUUUUUCUUUUUUUUUUGUGUGUGUGUGCUUUUGGCCGCAAGCUGCAACAUUGAUAACUGCCUGCCUGCCUCAAGCAAAAACGAAACAAACAAAAAACAAGAAAUUAAUCAAUUAUUAUAAACAAAUACACAACAAUGGGCCACAACAACAACAACUACAACACAGACAAACAACUACUACAACUCCCUCCCAAUCAACAUUUUCAUCAUUGGAUUCAUCAUUCACACUCAUUCAAGACACUCCAAAUUCACUUCUCACAUCAACUCGGAUCAUUUGAUAAGCCAACCAACGUUGAAACGAUUCCUAUUUGUAAGCAUAACAUUUAAGUUUGCGUUUCUUUGUUCUUUUUUUUAAUCUACACACAGAUACAUAUAUAUAUAUAUAUAUAUAUAUAUUUGUAAUUUCUUUGGAGCAUGCAAAAUAUAUAUAUAUGUAUACUUUCCAAUUAUUGUCCGCCACAUACAAACAAAACUAAAAAGCAAUUUGCGAUUUGUAGUUUUGUUUGUUUUUCCUUCUUUUUUUAAUUCUUUGCUGCUCUAUCUCUGUAAUUUACCUAUUAGAUCUACAUAUUACAUAUAUAAAUAUAUUAGAAUCGGAACCGAUGCAAACACACGGUCCAUUAGUUAAGGUAAAACAAACACACCCAACACACAAUAACAUUGUAGUCUUGUAAGUUCAUAUAAAUCAGUAAAAAAAAACAAACAAAAAUAAUAACAAAAAAAUUUAAUAAUAA